AUGUUUCAUGAUGUGGUUUCUGAUGCUGAGAAAUUUCGUAUUUCAUAUAAUUUACAAACCGAAGAAUUCCGCAAUCUUAAUGCAGAUCUUCAAACUUAUUUAGGUGAUUUAAAAACAAUCGACGAUGGUAACCGUCAAUUACAAGAAAGUAUUGAACAAAUACGUACAAAUUAUAUUUUAUCAUUAGAAAAUCAAUUGAAACGUUUACCACAAGAUUUUCAUGAGCAUAGCCGAAUACUAACCGAUGGUCAUAUUCAACGUUAUGCAUCUAAAUCACGUGCACGACGCUUUUUCAAUGAAACUGAAGAAUUUAAACGAAGAAUUAGUUUUGUUUCCAGUAAUGAAAAAGAGCAGACUAAACGUUUGAAUGUUUUACAGAAGAUAGAAUGUUCCGCUCAUAAUGAACUUAUUAAAUUAAACCAACAACUACAAAGUUGUUUAAAGUAUGUCGAAAAAGAAAAACAAGUUCAUCAAAAAUCCAUGGAUACAGUUGAUAAUCUACAAGUACAAUUGGAACAGAAAUACGUUGAACGAUCAAAAACUGAAUUUGAAAUCCAAACAUUAAAAGAAGAAGUUCAAUUAAUGCGUCAAACAAAAGAAUUUCUCAAUGAAGAACAUGAAACCAUUAUAGCAGCAGAAACAGAAGCUAAUGAAUAUCUUCUAUCAAGUUUAAAUGAAUCAAUAGUUAAUAUACGUGAAGAUUUUAAUCAGCUUAACACGGCUCAAAUAACUCAAAUUGAAAAUGAAUAUAGCCAAAUAUUACAAAAUGUUGAAGGAAGUCUUACAUCUAAUCAAACAACGAACGAUACAACAACAUCAAAUCAACAGCUUCAAGAUGAAUAUCAUGCCGUUGCACAAGAAUUAGCAACACUUAAAAACGAUAAUUCUACAUUAUCUGAACGAGUAUUGACGAUGGAAGCCAAUUUAAGUUUCUUACGUGAAGAACGCAUACAACAGUUACAAUCUAAAGAUCGUGAUAUUGAAUGUAGUACAAUUGAAUUACACUCAUUCAAAGAAAAAUUAAAUCAUUUAGCCGAAUAUGAUCGAAAUUUGAAAUUUGAAUUGGCACUCUACCGUGGAGUUUUAGAAAGUGAACAUAGACGAAAGCAAUAUCAGAAACAAUCGUCGACUAAUAUCACUAAUUUAAGAAGACCAACAACAUUACUACGAAGCAAUCUUAAUGUACUGACAGAUAGAACAACUAGUAUCAAUGAAGGUACAUUUAAUGAUCAACAAGAAGAGAAGAUUUUAACAACAAACGCUAAAAUCCAAUUAAUUAGUGAACACAACCAAGAGCAAGAUCGAGAUAGAAUACGCCUCAAUAUCAGCCCACAAUGUGACGUAAAGUCUUUUAAUUCAAUUCCAAGAGCUAUUCUUACAGAAGAUCAAUUGAUUUCGCCAUUUGAAUCUCAGCAGUCUUCUUUAUGGACCUUUUCAAAAAGUUCCGAAGUGAAAGAAUCUUCUACGUCAUCGUCUCCCGUAGUACGAGAUGACCAAUCGUCACUUUCUUCAUGCCAACAAUCAUCCGCUACAUCCAGUGAACUUGAUUCAUUAUCGAUAAGUAGAGACAUAUCGCCGACCAAUACGAAUCAAGUCUUAUUCGAAGCUCAUCAAAUACCUUCAGCAUUUACACAUGAAUUUCAAACUUUACCGGCAGUUCCAACAGUUCAGGGCGAUCCAAUAACUUCUGAAAGUGCUCUUCAAAGAUUACCAUCGCCAGUCACUAUAAUAGCUACAGACACGCAACAAUUGCCUUUAAUAACUCCCGAAGAACAUUUCAUAUUAUCAAGAGUUUCUUCAGAACCAUCGUGCGACAUUCAAAAAUCACCUGCUUCAUCUAGUAUUCUAAUAGCCACCGAAUAUACACAACCGGAGUCUACUCUUUAUGAGCCAUCAUCUCUUUCCCUUACUACAGAAAUUCCAUUGAUACCAUCAGAUAAUCAAAUAUUAUCUUCACUUAAUACAUCAACAACUACAGAAUAUCAAGAAUCAACUUCUGAAGAUCACGAACUAUCAUUGUCAACAUCUUCAGAAGCGUCAACAAUACCAUUAGAUACUCCAAGGCCACCACUUUGCUCUUCUAUACCAAUGACUAUUGACUACGAACAAGCAGCUUCUGAUCUACAUCAACCACUACCAAUCACUACUUCUUCAGAAACUGCAGCAAUAUCAACUGAUAUGGAAACAUUGCAUUCUUCGUCAACUAUGACAACAACUAUUGAUAUACAAGCAGAGACUGCUCCAGUUUCUGACGAUGAUUAUCAAGAAAUAAAAUCAGAAAAAAUCGUAUACAAUGUAAAAAGUCAAUCGAAUGCGUCAUUGGGUGAAACAGACGAUAAUUUUGAACGUGAAGAAUCAACAUUAUACGUAAUUCAUGAAACAGAAAUCGGCGACAAUGAAUCUGAUCCGUCGAUACUUUCUAACGAACUGUCAUCGAAAAAAGACUAUGAAUUUUUCAUUGAUACUACACUUAACGGCUCAGAAUUAUUAUCAGCCAGUAUUCAGCAAGAAGAAAGAAAACAAAGUUCUUCAUUACCAUUUAUAGUUAUAGUGCUUGAUGAUGAUAACAGUUCAGAAUUAAAACAAGAUGAAACACUCGAACAAAUACAACGAGAAGAAGAAAUAAGUUCUUCUCUCAUAGAUCCAGUAUCGGAAAAUAGUUUAGUUUCCCGUAUUGCAACAACAAUAACUACUAGUGAUACUGUUGACAAUAAUGCAAAUGAAAAUAAUCCUUUGCCACUACCGGACACGCCUGAGCCCUUGCCAAUUUAUGUAUCCUCAACUGGCGUAGAAGUUGAUAAACCAACUUCUCGAAACGUUGAAACAAUAUCCGAUGAUGAAGACGAUCCAAGUUUGGCAGCAAUCAUGGAAGAUCUUCGUUAUGUAUUUCAUGAACUAGCUAAUGAUGAACAUUUAGUAGAAAUCAAUAAUGAUUUAUCAGCUAAAUUACUUGAUCGUCUGGAAUUUCGUGAUUACUUUAUACAGUCAUUAUUCGACAGUAUAAUUAGAAAAUAUAUUGUAGAAUCCGCUGCUCAAGCGAAUCGUCGUGAUUCACUUGAUUGGAUUGCAUUUCGUGAUAUUCUUUUUCCUAUUAUAACUGGUCGUUAUACAGAACGACAUAUUCGAAAUUUGUUUGAUUUAUUCGAUACUAGUAAAGACGGUCGUUUAUCAGUACAAGAAAUAACCGAAAUACUUCAAAUUCUGCAAGUUAACCAUACGAUUGGUCUUACACAGAACAUCAUGGAUGAAUACGAUACUGAUCAUGAUGGGAAAUUAAGUGUUGAUGAAUUGAUUGAAGCGAUUAAAAAAACAAAGAAUAUUAAUGAAAAUGUUCUACCAGAAGAAAUUGAGCAUAAACAAUGGUUUAAUCAAAAUCCAACAAUAUCGUUCGAAGUACCAAUUAUAAAUUUUCCAAAUAAAACUAAUGAUAAAUUCACCAAAGAAAUAUCAUUACUUGCCAUAAUAUUCAAAACUGUAGGUGCUGACUCUGAUAAUAAACUGUUGAAUAGUAACAGAGAAAAUUUAUCAACAGAAUUAAAGACUGAAUUUAUCAAUAAUAAUAUCAAUAUGUCAACUGAUGAUUUACAAUUAUUUAUUGAAUUGUUUCUAAAAAAUAGAGAUUCAUUCAUAAAUUGGAUUGAAUUUCGUGAUAGCUUUCUACCGAUUAUUACUAGUGGAUAUUAUUCUAAGUACACUAUUGAAAGAUGGUUCGAUUUAUUCGAUUCGAAUCACAACGGAUUAAUUACACGAGAAGACACUAUUCAGUUGCUUCGCUUAUUACAAAUACACAAUUCGGAAGAAAUUAUCAGUAAAUUAAAUGAUAUUAGAGGAGCACAAACCAAUGACAUUACGCCAUGGACACUUGAUGAUUUAAUAUUUGCAUUGAACAAUCUUUGCGAAACAUCCAUGUAUCUUCUUACAAACAACGAACAAAUAGCUUCAUUUGAUAUUGACUGGCUUUCAAAUCGUGUCUUCUAA